UCAAAAACAAACGUAAACAAAAACAUUAAAGGACAGAUAUAAACAGUUCUUCCUUCUCUAACUCAUUGUUAUGAUUGCGUUUCCGUUUUCUUUCUCAAAAAAAAAUUAAAUCUCUUCUGGACAGUCCAUAAAGAUUAAUAAAAUGUUAUUUAACGUUAUAAUUAAAAAUAAUAAAAAUAGUAUGAGUAGAAAAAUAAUUAUCGAACCAGCGGAAUUGUUAAAAGAGGGUCUUUUCAGUCUCCUAGUAACGAAAUCAAACGAAAUUCACUCCUCUUUUUACAAUUAAUCUUUUCUAAAAUUGUAAUUAUCAAUUUUUUUCAAUGUCCAAUGAAACUUACGAUUACAUUUGGAAGGAAGCACAAAUUCUGCUCGAUGAAGUUCUACAAUUGGACACAAAUACACAAAGUGCGAAACCACCGAAAGAUCGUAAAAAAGCCCACAAUGUUGCAUCGGAAUUAUACGUCAGAUACAUUGUUGUCUUCAACAAAUUGGAACUUUGUUACGAUCAACUCAUGCAACCACAAAAAAGAAUUUUAGUUAAAAAAUCACUCGAUCUAACAAUGGGAAGAAUUUUAGAAUUAAAACACGAACUUGUGGAAAUUGAUUUAUCGGAGCACAAUUAUUUUGACGAUAUUUUAAUAAAAUGCAAAGUAACAACACAAGAGGUGGAAAUUCAAGUGCCUAAAUAUUUUCGACGUGAGAGAGAAAAUGAAAUUUGGGAGAGACGAAAAUUUAUAGAAGAUACCUUGAGAAAUAUUGGCGCUCUUGAUGAAAUAAUUGAUCCAAAGAGAAUGACCGAGGCUGAGGCGAUACGACUAAUUCAGUCACACGAACGAGCGAGACAGGGACGAUUGAGAUUUCAAUUUAUGAAAGAAAUUCGAGAAAUGAAAGACAGAUCUACAAUAAAGCAGGAAAGUGGUGUAUCCAAAGAGGAAAGUGAUGUGGCUGCAGCUUUGAGGAUUCAAAAAAUUUGGAGGGGUUACACAACCAGGAGACAAAUUCGAAAACGCAAAAUUGAAGAAAUGUUGCUUUUAGGAAUGGUGCAACCUUGUCAAGAAAUAACCGAUAACGCCAGACAAGCUGAAAAGAUUGUACAAUACAGAUAUGAAAAACAACACGAAUAUAAAGAACAAUUUGAAAUACUCACAAAGGAAUGGAAGGAAUCGAUACAAAAAGAAAGAAGUGCUCUCAUGGAGGAGAAUAUUCGCCAAGAAAUUCGAAAUUGGGUGAAUUCGUAUUUUCAGCAAACAGGCAAAAUUCCCGAACUACCGUCAGCAGAGAGUGGAGGUUCCAGAAUGAUUUUCAGCAGACAGGGAACAGAGAGCACAAUCAGUAAAUCAACAGCGGGCUCUUCAAAAGAAUCGAAAAGAUCAAAGAAAUCGAAGACGAAAAAGGAAAACGAACCUGAUCGUUCUGAGGACGAAUCAGAAUCGGGAAUAAGACAUUUCCCAUCGAAUUUUCUCCCUCAACUUGUUCAGGCGAAUGAGAUUUAUUUGGAAACGUGGAAAGAUAAAGACGAGUCAAUGAAUCAGGCACAGGGGCCUUAUAUUGAUAUGAUCCAGGCGGAAAAAACGAGGGAGGUCGAAGAUGAAGUGAGACUCGUCGUUGACCAUACUCUCAGAGGCGAUAUAGAAGCAUUGCAGGCAGCAUUGGACAGAGACAGAGGUUUUAAGGGAAGACGAUCAAAAAAGACCCAAAAACGAGUUCGACGAAGUGGAAAGAAAAAUAAAAAGAAGAAAGAAAAAGAUCUCACUCCCGAUAGAACGUUGGAAUCGCUUUUUGAAGAAUUAUUAGUUAAUGGUAUCAUUAAGUUUUAUCCAGAAGUGAAACUCGAUAAUUUCAAGGGGGAAAAAUCUUUUUCUAAUUAUGAACUUCGAGAUAAGGAGAAGGAUCCUUUGCCAACUUUAGGAGAUAUAAGACAAUUGCUAAUAGAAUAUUGCAUUCUACCACUUGGAAAUGAAAUUGUAAGGGAACAUACGCCAUUAGUGAGAUCUGUCCUAAUAGCAGGACCACACGGAAGUGGGAAAAAAAUGAUAGUUAAUGCAAUUUGCACUGAAUUGGGAGCUACUUUGUUCGAUAUAACACCAGCUAAUAUUGCUGGUAAAUAUCCAGGAAAAACUGGCCUAAUUAUGUUACUUCACUUGCUCUCCAAGGUUUCGAAACUACUUCAACCUUCUGUCAUUUUCAUGGAUGGUGCAGAGAAGCCUUUUGUGAAGAAAGUGCCAAAAUCAGAUAAAACCGAUCCAAAAAGAUUGAAAAAAGAUUUAUCGAAAUUAGUGAAAAAUAUAACCAAUGAGGAUCGGGUAAUUUUAAUUGGUACUUCCAGUUCACCAUGGGAAGGAGAUCAAAAACUCUUGUACCAAACGUACGAUAAAGUUAUUUUUAUCCCUAGACCUGAUUAUGGCUCUAUGUCAUUAAUUUGGAAGGAACUUCUUUACAAGUACGCUGGGAUUAGCAGGCAAUUUGAUACUUCAGGAAUGGCAAAAGUAUGCGAUGGUUUUACAAUUGGAACUGUGCUUUCAUCAAUAAAAGAGGUAAUGACCACAAAGCGAAUGGUACAACUGAGAGUUCAUCCCUUGACUCAUGGUGAACUGGUAAAUGCCCUUAGUUCAAGAGAUCCAGUAUAUCGAGAGGAAGAAGAAGCUUUUCUAACUUGGUUUUCAAAAACGCCAACGUGCAAAAAAAGACAACGUAUGAUCGAACUUGAACUUGAAAAAUUAGAAGAGGCGAAUGAGAAAAAAAGAAAAGGAAAAAAGAAAUAAAACAAUCAUUCGAAAAAAAACGAUAUAUAUCACGAAAUACGUAUACACAUCUAUCAUUUUUAACAUAUUUUUCAUUAAGAUAUGCAAAACAAUUCUAAUUUAUGUAAACUAAACUAAUAUACAAUUCAGUGUCAAAACUGAAUUCUGCACUGAAUGUGAAUGAUUUUAUACACAGGGAAAAUUUAACUCCCGCAAAGAACAAAGCAAUGGAAGAUUAUAAUUAUAAUUGAUAAAUAUACGUCUAGACUAAUUAACAGUAUCAAAAAAGAAAAAAAAAUGAAUUAAUCUUAAACAUUGAAAACUUAUCAAUACAAAAAAUUUCUUAAAUUAAGAAACUUUUUUUGACGCGUAAAAAUCGAAAAUAAAUGUUACUUCCAAAGUGACAAUUAAGGAAAA